UUUUAUAUUGUAUUUUUUAAUUUUAUAUUCAUCAGUUAGCUACGCUAGACUCUAUUGGAUUGUAACAUCGAUCAAGUUUUCAAAUUUGCGGAUCUAUUAAUACAAUGUAGACGCUUCGGUCUGCAAAUCCGGAUAUUAUUAAUUUUGCAUUUAGGGUACGAUGGAAACAGAUGGAAAUGUAUAUACGUAGUCAGUAUGGAGCAUGGAGGAACAACAAGAAUUAAUAAAAUGUCUUCACGAAAAGAUUCAAGACGGGAAAGACGCGGUGGAACGAUUGAAAGUCGUCCAAAACGUUGAUGGAGUUGAGAAGCUCGCGAGGAAAAUAUUUCAGGAGAUUAAAUUCUUGGAAAAGGUGGGAUCCACAGGAAAUGUAAAAAAAGAACAUCUGCAAAGUACAAAUUUGAUUCACCUCGAGGCAAUGGUCAAUCGGCUGCUUUCGUCGACUGACCCUGUUGGCGUGAUGAAGCCGUUUAAGUUCCAAAAAUCGAGGCUUGAAGUCGAUGUGGUUUGCGAUGGAGGAUCUUCAUGGGUGAAAGUAAUAGCGAGAAAUGCAAGGGCACUUACAUUAAUCUCUCUAGGUGCCGGAGAGUAUGGACAAAAGUCAGUUCUCGACCAAGCCGAUUCCUUUCUAGAGUGUGCUAAACAUCAUCCUUAUCAUUAUAAAUUUCCAAAAAUUAUAUUUCAUUUUGCCUAUGGAAUAGAGACUCCUUUAGCUGCUCGCCUUGAACGCCUUGGAGUUGACGUGGAAGGCGAACGAAUUAGUUCUGAUUAUGACGAAGAUAGUAUGAAUUCAAUUGAAGUCUGUGAGGAUAUGGAAAGUGAUGAGUUGUUCAAUCCAGAAAGAUCAAUGGAGUCCAGUCCUGAUCUGGAAGUACUAAAUACAAAAACCAAUUCAACAGAAAUAAAAACCCUGAACCUUGAUGUCUCUACGUUGCUGGCUUUUGUUACUAAUAUGACAAACGGUCAUGCCAAUUUUGUAUACAGAGAGCCAUUGUUGACAAGGCAAGCUGAAUGGGAAAGAGCACGACCUGUGAAACCAAUUCUAGAUGAAUUGUUUGGAAACAAAGAGCUAGUAGUAUGUCGCACUGCAUAUAAUAAUUUUAUGAAUAUAAUUGAAGUGAUUGGUGGAUCUAAUGAAACUAUGAGAGCUGAAAAGCUGAUUCAGAGGGUUCGUAUUGUGGAAGAUAUUAGUAAUGGAAGAAUUAUGGAACGGCUACCCAUAGCUGGAAGGAUUAAAGACCGAUCUAGGUUAGUUUUCUCCACAGGAGAAAAUCUACAAAGUAUUACAGUCUCUGCCAACGAGGGAUUCGUAAGAGCUGCUCGCAUGCAGGGCAUUGAGUGCACCGUCUUUCUUCAUGAGCCUCGAUCAUUAUCCGAGGUCAAAGAAGCUUAUGCUACAAGAUUACGUUCUUGACUCUAGAACAACUCGAAACGAAUUCAUUGUAUAUUUGCCCAUGGACGUAUAUUACUCAUUGUAUACUGUUGUACAGUUGUGUAAAUAAAUCAGCUGCUAUUGCAUUUAAA